UUACAUUUAUUUACAUUUUUAUUUGCAUACUUAUUAGAUAACGAAUUCUUAUCAAAUUUUUACUUAUUAUUUUAUUAGAAAACUCCUUCAAAAUGAGGCGUAUUUCUAGAAUAAGUUGUGGCUAUUUGAAGAAUCUAAAGGAAUGUAAUGUAAAUCAACAUAGAUUACUAUUCACUGGCACAGUACAGGCAAGACCAUGUUUAGCUUUGGAAUGGGAAGCAAGCAAGGAAAUAAUAUUUAAUAAUUUAAAUUUUAAUCAACAAAAACGUGCCUAUGCACCAACCACAACAUCAAAUGACCAAGAAUGCUGGAAUUGUAAAAAGGAACCAAAACAAGGUGAUAGUUUAAUGAUUUGUCCUCACUGUGGUCAUUUGCAAGAUGUAAACACAGAGAUUAACUAUUUCGAUCUCUUGGAUUUUCCACAAAAAUUUGAUUUGGAGACACAAUUACUAACAAAACGAUUCAGACAACUGCAAACUGUGGUACAUCCAGAUAAAUUUAGCAAUAAAACUUCCCGUGAACAAACAAAUUCUGCUGAUUGGAGUUCGUUAAUCAACAAGGCCUACAAAACACUAUCCCUUCCACUAGAACGUGGCCAGUAUUUAUUAGAGUUGAAUGGCCGACAAAUACCCCAAGAUAAUAGUGCUCUUAAUAAAGAGUUUCUCAUGGAAAUGAUGGAACGUAAUGAAGAGGUUGAGGAUGCCUCGACUAAAAGUGAAUUAGAUGCCAUUAAUGAAAGUUUAGCAAAAGAAUUGCAAGAAAAGGUGGAAAUUUUAACAAAAGUAUUUGCAGAAAAUAAUUUGGAAAAGGCCACCUCAUUAUUGGUUGAAAUGAAAUAUCUAAUAAGUAUACAGAAGACUAUUAAAAAUAAAUUACAAAAAUUAAUGGGCAGUUGAAUAGGAACAAGGAUGCACAAAGUCUAUAUAAUUCCUAAUGCUUUCUAAAAUAAAUAAAAAUCUUCCAGGUGAAAGAUUAACAAUUAAAUCCCGUUUUAACAGUUUUUAUUUAUUGAAAAUUUUCGAAUUUAUAGAGUUUUUUUACAAACCGA